AUGUGGCAUUUUACUUCAUUAUUAAUACGACGAGCGCGUAAACAAACACUACGUCAAUGGCUAUUCUUCCAUGCAACCAGUGUACGUCAUCGCCCCCAGAGUGCAUUGCGUGUGGAAAACAUGGCGUCCUACGUAUGUCCAAAAAUGUUCUAAAUAUUAUACAUUUACAAAUAAACAGCAAUGUUUUGUGUGUUUCUAACAACUUAGUUUGGUACAACAGAAAACUUUUAGCUUAUUAGGGCACACACGUCCUCAUAGCUGGAGUUCCUUUUAAAGCCAGGUGGAGAGGACCGUUCCAUCCUGAUGCGCUGAGAUGCUUUGAGGUGGUGAGUGAUGAUCUGAUAAACGACAUGAUGUUUAAAUGUGAUGGUUGACUUGUAUUUCAUGUACCUUAGAGUAGGAUAUAUUUUGUAAACAGUUUGCUUCUCUCCUUAAAGUGAAAGGAGUCGUAGUUUCCCUGGAGGUGUGUGUGUGUGUGUGUGUAGGGGGGGGGGUUCUCCUGGUGUCAUUUGGGCUAAGCUGAAACUGGUUCUUUGGGCAUGCUCAUUCACCUGCUGCUGCUGUGAGCCGAGCAUGUAACAACGAGAAAAUAACUGUCAUGUUGCCUCAGCCAAACUGGAAAGGUGAGUUUCAGCUGAAACGCGUGAGAGAGGGAGUGUUAAGGUGCAGAGCAAACAGGUGAAUCCCUCACUACACCAGCAGCCUAGCUGCACAUCAGGACAGAGCUUCAGAAACACAUACAGGCUGGAGAGGAGCUGAGAACCGGGCCCGCCUGCUGUUUAGGAUCACCUCACGGGGACGGAUGAGCUUCACUGCAGCACUGAAUCAGCCCAGAUUGUGCAGAACUAGCUGGACCUGCUGAGGAGGAUGACAUCCCUGCUGAACAGACUCUCUCUGUGCGUCUGUCUUCUCCAGAUCUGUGUGACAGCGAUCCAGGAAGAGCCUACAGAAGCGUCUUCGAACCAUAACAUUCAGUCUGUGGAGGACACACAGACCAUCCUGCCCUGUCACUACCAGCCAAGUGGAAACAAUGUAAUAGUGCAGGUCACCUGGAUGAAGGUGAAACCUGAUGGCACCAAAGAGCAGAUGAUCGCUGUGCACCACAUAAAUGGACAAACAGGGUCUGGGGCGUGGAUGAACCGUGUCUACUUUAAAAGCAUUAAACCCAUUGAAGAUUCAACCCUGGUCAUCAUGAACACGCGUUUCUCUGACCAGGGCGAUUACAUAUGUCGUAUCACAACCUUUCCAGGUGGAAACGUUGACUUGGAGACGUCCCUCUCUGUUUGGAUUGUUCCCAUUUCCAGCAUAGAUUCUGUGGUUGUAGUGGAGGGAGAGGCCUUCAGGGAGGUGGCCUCCUGUCGCUCUGUAGGCUUCCCACCUCCCCAACUCUCCUGGGACACUGAUCUAAAUGGCCAGGCUUCCAACUGGACCUCCAACAACGGAGCUGUGUCCACGUACUUCUCGCUGCAUCCUCUGAGGAGAAUGAACGGGAUGAAGCUGGACUGUCUGGUGUGGCAUCCACUCUUCCCAACCCCACGCCGGAUGAAAAACCAACUGGUGGUACAAUUUCCUCCACAUGCUGACGUGACUGGGUACUAUCAAAACUGGUAUGUUGGUAAAGAGGACGCUUCGCUGACGUGUACAAAUGGAGGAAACCCCAAACCUACUAUUACCUGGACAAGAAUUGGUGGAAAGCUUCCAGCAGGAGCAGAAGUUACUGCUGACUCCCUGAAGUUCACGCGACCCCUGAACCUGUCAGACGAGGGCACCUAUCAGUGCGUGGCAAAGAACAGCGUGGGCGAAAUGAAGGCAGAGGUGGAGAUUUCUCUGGAAGUGGUGAGGUGUCCUCCCGAGGACUGCGACGUCCCAGACAAUCGAGGGAUGAUAUAUUUAGGGGCAGGGGCUGCUGUGCUUUUCAUCCUGAUGCUCAUCCUCACCCUCAAGAUCACUUGCAAGCAGAGGAGCACAAUCAAGAGACUGAGAGCCUCGCUGGAUGAGAAGCUCAGAGAGAUCGAAAGUGUUGGUUAUUCACCUCGGAUGGAAACUCUCACAGAGUCCAGUAAAUUGUUCAUUGGAGACUUGGAGGAGAACCCGACGACUAAAUCAUCUUCCAGUCUGGAGCCGACUUUCACCAAAUCCACGAACUCUCUGGGCUGGAAGAAAGGGGGGGAGUAUGAUUCCCUGGGUAGACCAUCCUUACACAACAACUCCCGCAGAGGGAGGGAGACGCUUCGAUCCAACAAGGAGGUGGCACUCAGAGCCGAUAGACUUCAAAGAAAUGGGGUGUUGGAGAAAAAUGUCUUCCACCCUCCUCUCACGCCAUCCGUCAUUCUUCCUCUUGCAAACACAAAUGAGGUCUGUGAACAGAUGAGUUCAAACACCAAAAUGCCCCCGAUCUCUGUGAGGCACACCUAUUUAUCAGCUACGGAUGAUGAUGAUGAGGUUGACGAAGGGCUGGGAGGGCCGGCCAGUCAGGAGCACCCUGAUGAGGAGGAGGACAGUGAGUCCUCCAGUACAUUUAGCACAUCCACUUCUAGGAAAUGUCCCUCAAAGAUAAAUCCUCAUUUGGAUGUGAUCCACAAAGCCCAGAUUGUGUAGCAUGGCAUACGUUUAACAAAUUCAUCUGGUCAUUUAGCAAAAUUCUACAUGCCGACUUCAGCAAAGCUUCUUGUGGAAAACAGAGGAUCAGCUGUAUUUACUCACGUCGUUUUUACGAAGACAUAUUGUAAAAAGAAAAAAUUCCCACCACCAUGUUGCUUCACCUGGCUCCAGCUGUCUGGUGAACGCAGUGGAGAAAACAUCUGCAUGGAUAUCAACAGACACAAACUCUCAGGAAUCCGGAAACACAGCAGAAGGAAGAAAUGUUGUGGGAAAGUGUGUAAAUCAGACAAGGAGACUUCAACACUUCCACCGUAAAGGUGUGUUGGUGUUCAGGAUCCCAUCCAGAUGUGUGCAUCCUGCAACUUUGACCAGGCCUGAAAACUCUUUGUUUUCCUACGAGAGCUUCACCCUCCAGCACUGAAACGGAGUCCGCAGCAACAACCAGACUAAACCAUGCUGCCCUGACCCCUAAAUCUGUCUGAAUGUUUACGGGAACUCCUUUUGUUCAAAUUAUUUUCCUACAGAUGGUUUUCAUGAUCAUUUAUGAUGUUUCUGCCUAUAAAAUCACGUCGCAAAUCUUUCACAGAUUCACACAAACCACUAACACGUUCAUAUUUACACGUGUAGAAUGUGAGCAGAAUCUAAACUGUCAGCUUUUACGUUCAGGAUGCUCCAUAAAUACAGACAGGGAUCAGAUCAGAUGUUUAUGUUCAUCACAUCGACAUGUACAUAUAUUGGACAAUGGGUUUCCAUAGGGUCCAAUAACACGUUUUUGUGCUAAAAUGGGAGGUGGCCACCACCGCCAUUUUGACCGUGUCACAGGUUCCGUCAAGCCCAGACAAUUCCACAAAAGGGAAGAGAGGAGGAGCUGAGGGUGGGGCUGUAAGACUGGGAUCAACUGACGACACCCGGUCGAACUAGCUACAAGCUAACCUGAAGCUAACCCAAAGCUAAUGCGGAGGUGGGAGCUAAGCUAACGGAGGUAGCAACCUAGCUACAACGGGAGUUAACUGUGCACAACACCAGAGCUUCUGAGUCAGAGAUACGCCGGGCUGACCGCUGGGUCAAACCGGGUGGAACACAGAGGUCUCCCGAGAGCUCCACAAGGCGAUAGUCGGAACCCAGCUCUACCAACAUGUUAUAUUUCAACCCAUUUUCUAAAGUACAGCAUUAUGUUAAAUGCACUGGGUUUUACCCUAUUACAUUUAAAUUUCAUGGUUAAACAGCACAUGUUAAAAUCUAAGCAGCUCGGCAGUAACCUAAAAUACAUAAAUAUAAUUUUACUUACCGAAAAAAAUGAAGUGGAGACUCCUUGGACGCUCUAUUAGUGCAAUUAAUGCCACAGCAAGUCAUUUUGUCCAACAAUUGCACAAAAAAUAUCCAAAAAAGAAACGCUACAACUAAUGGUCUAAGGUGAGAGACUGAGAAUGACCGAACAGUUUCCAGGCCAGACCGAGGCUCUACUGAGGCCUUUCCACGGAGCUAGCUCUGUGGUCACGUGGGUCUGAUGCUCAUUAAUUAUACAGAAUUUUAGGCUUUUAAUACACUUAAACAGAAGAGUGAGAAAAAGAUUCACCCCCCUCAGAGUUGUCAUGAGUGUAAACUAGAUCAUUUAAACAAAAAACAUGUUUUGGUACCAGGCUGUAAACAUGUUUAUUUCUGCUGUGAAAUUGGUAUUUUUAACAUGGGAGUCAAUGAGGAUUUGCUCGCUUCUGACACCAGCCCCUAGUGGAUGAGGAUGGAACUACAAUUUAUUUCACUUCCGCGUUUGCUUGAAUUUUUCACCCGCAUUGUGGGGGCUUGGCUUGUACAGAUGCUCAGCCGUCCAAGGCGUGACAAUCUUAACUGAACACAAACUAACUUUUUGUUUUCCUUCAGACGUUUUGCCUUUCAGCCAAGAAGCUUCUUCAGCUUUUGAGUUGUGGUCUGAAACAAGUGAUGGGGGGUAACCUAUGAGCCUCCUCCUCCUAACCCAAGUUUAAGGAACUGAAGAUGCUUCUUGGAUGAGAGGACUUUGGUCCAAAAUACCAAGGAUAUUUUAAAUUCCUGUCCAGCCCAGCCACCCGUCCCUGUUUGAUAGAACUGAAUAAACUGAGCACUACAAGUUAGUUUCACGUUUAAUUAAGGAUAGAGUAACAUCCAAAAUGCUGCUCCACCACGUUUUGGACAUCAUACAAGAAUAAAAGGAUUUAUUUGAUCUUUCUGACAAAAGCAGGGAGACUAAAUGUAACACAAAGAAAGACAAUCCCACCUCUAAUAACAGAGAGCCAGAGAAAGAUUUUCAAUUGGACAGCUUGCUCUUCAGCAUUUUGCCCGAUUAGCAGCUUGCUUCCAUUUCCAGACAGCUGCAAUUUAUUUCACUUCCGCGUUUGCCUCAACUUUUGACCCGCUUUGUGGGGGCUUGGUUCAUCAUCAUCUCACCAAUCAUACCUCACCAGUUUCUCUAUAGUCUCACGUUGGAGAAUCAGAGAUUAGUUCUGAUUGGACAGAGGAGGUAGUCACAAUCAUAAAUCCUUAAACUUAAUAGCAGCUUAUGCAAAGUGAUUUCGUAGCAUUUGUAUUGACAAAAAAGCCCCAUUUAUUAAUUAUUCUGGCAAAAUCUUUUAAAAACUCAGAGCAGACCAGUUAGCUUCCUCCACACCAUCCUUCCAUUCUUUAUUGGAAAACCUGAAUUCAUUGACAUGGUGGAGUUACCUAAUACCAUAUAGGGGCUGCAUGGUGGCACAGUUGUUAGCACCGUUGCCUCGUAGCACGAAGGUCGCAGGUUCAAAACUUGGCUGCGGCCUUUCUGCGUGGAGUUGCGUGUUCUCCCCAUGCAUGCGUGGGUUUCCUCCGGGUACUCCGGGUUCCAUCUGCUAAAUAAAUAAACAUAAACUAUAUACCAGAGUUUAUCUAAGUGAGAAAGUGUUUGUUCAGAACCUUUUCACAGAAAGAUGAGACCAAAAGACAGGGGCGUGUCCAGGGAGUGGCCUGGGGUAGCACAUGCCACCCUUGGAAUCUGACUGGCCACCCCAGGUGCCACCACACUAAUUUACCUUUAAAUAGGCUUUUCAUUGUCCACAAAAGGCUUGGGGGUAAAACAAAAAAAAGCAUAACCAUUGGUGCCACCCAUGCACAAAGUUGUGCCUCACCUGAGCCACCCCAUUUUAAAAGAUCUGGACACGCCACUGCCAAAAGACUAACUCAGCCUUUACUGCACAUUCACUCUGAGUGGUCUACUUCUACAUUUGUGCAGAGCUGGUCUACAGAAAUUCUGAAUCUGAAAGCAAAGUGAGUUAUCAGCCAGCUGGAAUCUUUCAGCGUUCUCAUGACUAUGCCUUGGCAGGAACAUAACAUGAUCUCCCGUUUGAAACACUGUGGCAAAACCAUGCAUGUAUUAUUAGUUGUUUUUGUUGUGUUUUAUGUGUUUUUGCGUAUAAUUGGGUUCUGUUAAUGUAACGGGAAACAAAUGUGCCACAAGGGAUUUAAGAUGUUUGUUAUUACUUUUUUGUUUCAAGUUAUUUUCACGAUGCCAUCUAAGUUGGUCAUUUUGAGUUACUCUGCAUCUCUGCAUUGUUUUAGUGGCUGACAGCGCUCCCUGAUGUGCACAGGCAGAACCUGCAGUCUCAAAAGCUGGAAAAGCGAACUGCACUCAAAUCAAGUGAUUCUACAAAUACACGAAUCACAUGUUGAGUUUGUUUACAUGGAUUUGUAUGGGCACCAAAGUUAACCGUGCAGAAAGAAUUGACAAACUGAAAAUGUGGGCAUGCCCCUAAAUCCAGAUGUUUUUCCUAAUUAUUUUUUGUCAAAAGUGAAAUAAACGGUUUAGAGCUGCAGAAUUA